AUGGAAGAAAAUAUGGCGGCUGCUGUGAAAAAUGUGGGUUAUAAUUUGCUGCUGUGGCAGAAGAAAGGCAAAUUUCACAAAGGAGAUUCUUAUUUGAUUGUAAAGCUGAGAGCCGACUGUGGACACACCUCCAGAUACAUACACUUUUGGAUAGGAUCAGAAACCACACAGGAUGAAGCUGGAUUGGCUGCACUGAAGGCUGUGGAGCUAGAUGACUACUUCGAUGGCCAAGCUGUACAGUUCAGAGAGGUGGAAAACUAUGAAUCAAAGAUAUUUCUCAGUUACUUCCCUACUAUUACAUAUGAAUCUGGAGGAUAUCUGUUUGACUUAGUCAGCAUCAAACAACAUUAUGAAGAGAAGUUGUGGCAUGUGAAAGGAAAGCGUAACUUGAAAAUGAACCAGUUACCGAUGGGAUGGUGCAGUGUGAAUAACAAUGAUGUUUAUAUUCUUGACAUAAAAGAAUGUAUGUUUAUUUGGAUAGGAAAAAAAGCGAACGUGUAUGAAAAAAUAAAGGCCGCUCAGAUAACUCAACAUUUGAAUACGCAACGUGUCAGCAAAGUUCAGGUAAUCAUUGUCAACGAUGGCGAAGAAGGAAAUCUGAAGAAAGAUGAAUUUCAGCUUUUCAACAAAUAUUUACCAUUAGCAAUGAAGAAUCUUGGCAAACAAGAACAAAUAUCUGAUGACUCUGAAAAUGAAAAUUUCGAAAAAACUUUACGAUUGUAUAUAUGCUGUGAUGAAGAUGGUGUUUUAAAAGUAACAGAACUAAAGAAUGGCCCUCUGUCUUAUUCAGAUUUGCAAUCAAAGGAUAUGUAUAUAAUCGUAAGUGAAGAUCACGUAUGGAUUUGGAUUGGACGCUUAGUACCGAAAACGGCACGUCGAGAAGCAAUGAAUAACGCUGUUGGUUUUUCUAAAAAGAAGAAUGCAGAUUUAUGUCAAGUAAUUCGAGUCAUUGAAAAUGAGGAAACUGAAGAUUUCAAGUAUUUAUUUCAUAAUUGGCCGGAACCAUCUCGGAGAGGCAACUCAAAAAUUAAGAUAGUCUUUGCAAAAGAUUCUGAUUUUAGUAACUACUUCAUUCCGUUGUUGAUGAUGUCCAAUUUCCGCUAUUCUAUCUCCUCAUUCUCUAAAAACAUUAUUGCUAUUCUUAUUGCUGAUAUAUCUAUUGUUGAUGGUAUUGUUGCUAUUACUCAGUCAUUAGAGAAUGUUUACUAUAUAUCGUUUCUGCAAGAAACAAUACAUCAAUUAUUAUUGAUGCUGAUGCUGUUGCUGUUACUUCAAGAUGGUAUUGAAUCAAAUUUAGAAGAUCAAAGAGUUGUGUCUCUUAGAGUAACAGAACUGGAAGAAACACUCGGUCAUAAUGUAAUGCAGGUCAGAGUAAUUCAAGGAAAAGAACCGCCACAUUUGAUGACCAUCUUUAAAGGGAAAAUGGUUAUUCUUUUGGGAAGCCACGAAAACUGGGAAAAGAAAAGCAGUUUGUUGGCUUCUGGCCCUGGACGUCAUUACAUGCUCCAUGUACGUGGGACAUCGGACUAUAACACGAAAGCAGUUCAGGUACCGAUGAGAGCAGCAUCACUGAAUUCCAACGACGUAUUUGUUAUUUUUGAUGGACAUCGCUGUUUCAUUUGGGCAGGAAAGGGAAGCACAGGAGAUGAAAGAGAAAUGGCAAAAAAUAUUUCCGAUGGAGCCACAUUCAUUCCAGAGGGUCAUGAAAAGCCAGAAUUUUGGAAUUGCCUUGGUGGUUUCGAGCCUUAUAUGAACGAUAAACAGAUACAGAAUCUAAAGGCAGAACACAGGCCUCGACUGUUCUGUUUCAGUAAAAUCUCGGAACCAAUGAAAGUGGAAGAAAUAUAUAACUUUGAACAAAAAGAUCUUAUUCCUGAUGAUAUCAUGUUAAUAGACACAUGGGAUUCCAUCUUUCUCUGGAUUGGGAAAGACGUAAGGCACGAUGAUAAAAAACAAGCCAAUAUGCUAAUUCUGAAUGAUACAACAUUCGAUCAGUUAGAAAAACAGCUGAAGUUGAACAAUAUGAAUGUACCGUUGUUUGAAGUGCCUUCAGCUAAACACAGUGGUCAAACAUUCAAGCAAGUACCAAAAUAUGCUUAUUCCAUGUUGGCUGGAAGAUCUCCUGAUAUGCUACCCUCCGAAGUUGAUCCUGCUAACAAAGAGCGAUAUCUAACUGAACUGGAGUUUAUGAGUGUCUUUCGAAUGACAUAUGCCGAUUUUUUCAAUUUACCUCAAUGGAGAAAAACAGACUUAAAAAAGAACCUUGGCCUUUUUUGAUAAAGCAAUUAAAUUUCGAACAGCAAAUUAUAAUAGUUUAAAAUAUCAAUGAAGGUGGUCAAGGAUCAGUGAAACCUCGAAAGUUACUGGUAUUGAAAUAAGAUACCAAUGACAAAUAAAUACAUUUACCAGUUUGAAAUGAUUCAAAUAAAAUUUUAAUGAAUGUGAUAAAGCCUAACAGUUACAGUUAAAAAGAAAAUGUCUGUUAGCUUACGGUUUAACAAAGCCAUUGUUUGAGAAUUCAAAAUGCAAGUUCUCUUAUUUUUCCCAGCUCCUAGAAUUCAAAAUGCAAGUUCUGUUAUUUUUCCCAGCUCCUAGAAUUCUCACAUUAUUGGUGCUGAUUUAUUAGAAAAACUCUUCAUACUAUCAAGGCAAGUGAGAAAAUCGAAUCUUUUAGUCGGAUUGAUAACAUUCAAGCUAAAUUCAUGGACAUUAUAAUCUUUGAAGUAUUAAUAGAUGAGUGUAUCAAACAAAAGAUGAUGAUUAGAAUACCUAUGCAUAUUCAAUUUUACGUACCCAAAAGUUAGCCAGUUUGCUUCAAAGGAAACUUCGCAUUUCACUGACUAAUUCUUAUCAUCUUCAAAGUACUAAAAUAAAUAUUCAUAGAGACGUAAUGUCGAGAUAAAUACCGUCAUAAAAACAAGCGCACAUAUAUUACAUUUGUAUGCAUAUAGAUAUUGGGUUAUUUUUUACAUUUCAACAGUGAUAUCAUAAAGAUAUGUAGGGGGCAUAACUUAAAUCCAUUCAUGCAGACAUUUGGUUCUAUUAUUAAAUCAACCAAGAAAAAACAGAUGCAGUUAGAUAUUACAUCUCUGACGCUAAAACGAAAAUGCAAUAAGAGUUAUCACACCUAAUUGAUCAGAUAAUAGUCGUUCUAGAAUGGUGAAUAAUGAUUCCAAUGACAAAAUUAUACAUAGCAUGUCUCAGGAAAAAUCAACUUGUUAUUUGUAUUAAAAUUUACGUUGUCAGGA